AUGUUGGACGUCCUGGCGUUUCUGGAUGAAGGUUCGUCAGUGACUCUAAUCGAGGACGAUAUAGUCACCCAACUGAAAAUAAGCGGGGAGGCCGAACCACUGGUUGUAACUUGGACUGGAAACGUGAAACGCUACGAAAAUCAAUCGAAGAAGGUGAACUUAACGGUGUCCGCGAGAGAUGCGGCCGAAAAAUUGCCAUUGCUCAACGUGCGUACAGUAACGCAGCUUGAUUUGCCAAAGCAACGUAUAAAGUUCCAGGAAAUCGCCGAGCAUUAUCCUCAUCUGCGUGACAUACCAGUGAAGGAUUACACCCUGGAGGAGCCAAAAUUAAUGAUUGGACUGGAUAAUGUGCAUCUAUUUGCUCCCAUUGAAUCGAGGAUAGGGCAACCGGGUGACCCAAUUGGCGUGAAGUCGCUGCUAGGCUGGACGGUAUAUGGACCAGUGAAACAACCAUCAAUGCAAGAUGCGUAUAUGAAUCUGCACGAUGUAAUACCUGUUACGAAUCAGGAUUUACAUGAUAUCUUACGAAACCAGUUUGUACUGGAGGAGGCGGGUAUUUCGGCUGUAGUACCAGAGUCGGUUGAAGACGAACGAGCUCGAGCUAUCUUGAAAGCAACAACGAUUCGAGUGGAUGGUCGUUUUGAAACAGGGCUGAUUUGGCGUGCGGAUCAACGACGAUUUCCGAACAGUUAUCCAAUGGCCGAAAGGCGAAUGAAGGCGCUAGAAAGAAAACUGGAGAGAGAUCCGGAACUACACCGCAGGGUAAACCAGCAAAUACAAGACUACGAGACAAAGGGCUACGCACACAAAAUUACCGCAAAGGAGCUCUCUGAAACGGAUCCAGCGAGUGUCUGGUAUCUCCCGCUAAAUGUUGUACUGAAUCCACGAAAACCGGGAAAAUUACGUUUGGUGUGGGAUGCGGCUGCGUCGGUAAAUGGAGUUUCACUGAAUUCCGAAUUGUUGAAAGGUCCUGAUAUGCUGACAUGUCUUCCUGGCGUAAUUCAACGUUUUCGAGAACGACGUUUCGGGUUCGGUGGUGAUAUCAAAGAAAUGUACCACCAGCUUCGAAUCCGGGUUAAGGACAAGCAAGCCCAACGGUUCCUAUACCGGUUUGAUUCAGCGCAGCCUGUGCAGAUUUAUGUGAUGGAUGUGGCAACGUUUGGUUCGACCUGUUCACCCUGUUCUGCGCAGUUCGUGAAAAAUCUGAAUGCCGAAAAUUUUGAAAAACAAUAUCCGGACGCAGCAGCAGCAAUCAUCGAAAAACACUAUGUUGAUGACUAUUUCGACAGUGUGGAUACCGUCGAGGAGGCGAUUAAGCGAGCAAGCGAGUCAAUGCUCUUUGGUGCUGAGCGCCCAACGAAAAGGGCCGUUCUCAGUUGUGUCAUGGCCAUGUUCGACCCACUAGGUUUCCUAUCGCCGUUCACGAUAAUUGGAAGAAUACUAGUGCAGGACUUGUGGAGGACGGGUUGUGGAUGGGAUGAACUGAUUGAUGAUCUGUCGUUCGAAAAAUGGACCAAGUGGACUAAAAUGUUGCCAGAGAUCGCCAAAAUUCAAGUACCGAGAAGUUAUUUUGGAGAGGCACGAUCUGAUCAGUACGAGAAUCUUCAGUUGCAUGUCUUCACCGAUGCGAGUGAAAAUGCAUAUGGCUGCGUAGCAUACUUUCGGAUCGAAAUUGAUGGGGAGGUUUGCUGUGCGUUAGUAAUGAGUCGAAGCAAGGUGGCUCCACUCAAACAACUUACCAUCCCGCGGCUUGAACUGCAGGCUGCUGUGCUAGGUGCCCGAUUGGCGGAAUCUAUUCGGCGCAAUCAUAGCUUGAAAAUUAACCAACAGUUCAUCUGGACAGAUUCGCGGAAUGUCCUUUCUUGGAUCAAAUCCGACCAACGGCGAUACCGACAGUAUGUGGGCUUUCGCAUAGGUGAUAUCCUCAGUCACACUAGCGUAUCGGACUGGCGAUGGGUUCCGACGCUAAAUAAUGAAGCGGAUCGAGUAACGAAAUGGAAGCGCGGAGCGAGCUUACACUCAAAUAGCUCUUGGUUUAAGGGAGCGGACAUUCUGUUCCGCAAGGAAAUGGAAUGGCCAGAGCAGCCCGUGAUACCGGCAAACAUCAACGAAGAACUGAAAGCGCAUUUGCUUGUCCAUGAUGUCACACUAUCGUGUGCACUUUUAGACAUAUCUCGUAUCUCAAAGUGGCGAAUUCUAGUGCGUACGAUGGCGUGCGUUUAUAGAUUCGUGUCCAACUGUCGGCGGAAAAUCGAAGGCCGUCCAAUUGAAACACUGAAGGCAACAAAGAGCCAGGCGAAGUACUUGAAGAAAGUAGAUUGGAUGAUGGAGCGUAAGCCUUUGAAGCAGGAAGAGUACGAGAAAGCGGAAUACUAUCUUUUUAAGGCUGCGCAGUCGGAAGUGUACGAGGACGAACUAAAAGUGUUGUUACACAAUCGGGAACAUCCGGUGGACAAAUGGUUAACUGUAGAGACGUCUAGUCCGUUAUAUAAACUAGCUCCUCUUGUAGACGAUAAAGGGAUGGUGCGUAUGGAAGGCAGGACGAAAAACGCAGAAUUUCUGCCCUUCGAUCUUCGUUUUCCGAUUAUUUUACCAAAGGAGCAUCCUCUGACAGCGAAGCUUGUGCAACACUAUCAUGAGAAAUUUGGUCACGGAUAUCGGGAAACUGUAAAGAAUGAACUAAAACAGCGCUUCUAUGUUCACGGUAUUGGAGGAGUCGUUCAAAAGGUGGCGAAGGCUUGUGUUUGGUGUCGAGUUAAUCGUAGUCGUCCACAUACUCCAAGGAUGGCGCCUUUACCUAUCCAACGGCUAAUCCCAUAUCAACGUCCAUUCAGCUACGUCGGUGUAGACUAUUUAGGUCCAUUCGAAGUGGUGGUAGGUCGCCGUAAGGAAAAACGCUGGAUUGUGUUGUUUACUUGCCUGGUGAUACGGGCAAUCCAUUUGGAGGUGGCCUGCAGCCUCACCACGCAAGCAUGUUUGAUGGCUAUUCGAAGAUUUGUUUGUCGUCGAGGGCCGCCUUUGGAGUUCAUCUCCGAUAAUGGAACUAAUUUUAGAGGUGCGAGCAGAGAGCUUGAGGAGAUGGUCAGAAACAUUAGUGAGGAGUGUGCCAACGAAUUUACCAGCGCUCGUGUAAAGUGGAGUUUUAAUCCUCCAGCCGCUCCACACAUGGGGGGCGUUUGGGAGAGACUGGUUCGAUCGGUAAAAGAAGCGUUGGAGGUGAUGGAUGAUGGAAGGAAACUGACCGAUGAAAUCCUUCUUACAUCAAUGAACGAAGCGGAGGAUAUGAUUAAUUCGCGGCCGCUAACGUAUGUAUCGCUGGCAAAUGAUGCUGAGAUGUUAACACCAAACCAUUUUCUUCGGGGAGUGUCCCCGAAUGAACCUCAACUAACUCCUCCUCCUCCUCAUUCGGCAGAAGCGCUGCGGAAUGCUUAUCAGCGAUCGCAGCAGCUGGCAACACAGCUGUGGAAUCGCUGGAUUAAGGAAUAUCUGCCGACCCUUAAUCAACGAACGAAGUGGUUCAAUGAGACGAAACAGUUGGAAGUCGGAGAUCUUGUUUACGUCGUUGAAGGAGAUAAACGGAAGCAAUGGGUACGUGGAGUCGUCGAGGAACUUAUUGGGUCUAGCGACGGACGAAUACGGCAAGCUUGGAUUCGUACGAGAUCGGGAACGUAUAAACGGGCUACGGCUAAGUUGGCUGUACUGGAGAUAAGAGACAGUAACACUGAUCCGGAUGCGGUCAUCGAACCAGGAUUACGGGCCGGGGAAAUGUUGUGA